AUGACUGGUGUGGACGGGGACUCGACCCAACAACACGUCGCUCGAGGAAGGAAGGACUUUUGUUUCCUGUCUGCCCUCUUGGUUUUGUCAGUGAUCUGGCCCCCCACACUGUCCUUGGCAACUGCUAUCAGAACUCCUCCGCCUCCUCCUCCUCCUCCCCACCGCACGCGGGACAUCGACUACCGCGCGGGCUACCUCCGCCCGGAGCACUGUGCCCCGCCCCCGCCCCGGGCCGGCUCCGGCGGGAUGUGGUUCAUCCGGGACGGCUGCGGCAUCACCUGCGGCGUGAUCACCUGGACGCUGGUGCUGUACGCCCAGUUCGUGGUGGCCUUCGUCAUGCUGCUGCCCGCCCGGAACCUCCUCUACAGCCUGGUGAACGGCGCCCUCUUCAACGGCCUGGCCGUGCUGGCGCUGGCCUCGCACGCGCGCGCCAUGUGCACCGACCCGGGGGCGGUGCCUAAGGGGAAUGCCACCAAGGAGUUCAUAGAGAGCCUGCAGCUGAAGCCGGGCCAGGUGGUCUACAAGUGCCAGUGCUGCAGCAUCAAGCCCGACCGCGCCCACCACUGCAGUGUGUGCAAGCGCUGCAUUAAGAAGAUGGACCACCACUGCCCCUGGGUCAACAACUGUGUCGGCGAGAACAACCAGAAGUACUUUGUGCUCUUCACAAUGUACAUCGCCCUCAUCUCGCUCCACGCCCUCCUCCUGGUGGCGUUCCACUUCCUCCUGUGCUACGAGUCCGACUGGACAAAAUGCAGUAACUUCUCGCCCCCGGCGACGGUCAUCUUCCUCAUCCUUCUCUGCUUCGAAGGCCUCCUCUUCCUCCUCUUCACCUCGGUCAUGUUCGGCACGCAGGUGCACUCCAUCUGCUCCGACGAGACGGGCAUCGAGCAGCUGAAGAAGGAGGAAAGGCGCUGGGCCAAGCGGUCGCGCUGGAUGAGCCUGAAGGUGGUGUUCGGUCACCCCUUCUCCAUCUCCUGGCUCAGCCCCUUCGCCACGCCCGACCACGGCAAGGCCGACGCCUACCAGUACAUCGUCUAGGAGUCGGGACCCCCAGGAACGUCAAUGUCGUCGUCGUCGUCCCCCCCCCCCCCGUCCACCCACGCAGCAGGGGGUUAGGUCGCGCCCCGACUGUGGGACCUGCUUGCUCAGGGGAGGGGGGGGGGGGGUGUGAACUCGUGGUGUG